CUGUUGCUAGGAUACGGAGCACUACAGUGGAGCAGUAGCAAGUCGGUUUUGCCAGUUCAGUGCGUUAAAAGCGUAAUUAACAUUUGCAUAAAGAGUUUUUUUGUGAUAUUUAUACAAGCAGAUAAGAUGACUGCUGCAUCCUAUAAAUUUGAUGAUGGGCAGAGCUAUCCGACCAAAUGUUUCCCAGCCAGGACAUUACUCCGUCGAAGGAAGGACGGUGGUGGUCAUUGGCUUGUGGCUUACAGAAAGGCAGAGGAGCAGAGGAGACUAAGAGAGACUCGUAAAAAACAUGAAAACAGCAGGGCAGCUGAUACUCCUCAUGGUAAUACAUUAGAUGGACCCUUCCUGCUUCAGUUACAUUGUGUCGACAAACCAUCUGAGCUGUGCUCUGUUGACAUCAGCGAACAGGAGCUGAGUUCUGUCAAGCCAGAAGACCUCAAGGUGUUUGAUAAUGUAGCUUACAUCGAUGCAUCUAUUAACUCCCUCUCUUUAGGGUCUUUCAGCAGUUUUGUGUCUUUAAGAGAACUUAAUCUGUCUGUAAAUGGGAUUUGCAACAUGACAUUUGAUGCCUCUGACUUCCCGUAUCUCCAGAUUUUGGAUUUGUCCUACAACAAUUUGUCAGCUGAUUGUAUUGUUUCCAUUGGUCGGCUUCCACGUCUAAAAGUCCUUCAUCUGACUGGAAAUCAGAUUCAUCGUCUUCCUCCUAACCUGAGUUCUUCUGACCGUGACUUCACUCAGCUAGGGCUGGCUAAAGAAGAAGACACACAAUUUAGAGCUCUUGAAGUCCUGAUGCUUGAUGAAAACAAACUGUCCUCUGGAGUCUUCAGCAGUCUUAAAAACCUGAAGAGGCUAAAGUAUUUAAACCUACAAGGGAACUGCAUUUCUGAGAUUCCAUAUUUGCAAACAACGGACUGUUCAAAACCUGUGCAGACUUCUACUGAAAAGCAAGCUGAGAAAGAGGAAGCUGCCCCCACUGAGCCAGAUCCUGACAAUGAAGGAAAUUUAAAGAGUAUCUCAAAGGAAAACCUGGAGGAGAGCUGCAAAGGAACCAGUUUGCCACUACCACAGCUUCAGUUCCUUGAUUUAUCUGACAAUAAGAUUGCAGAGGAAGAAGCGCUGAUGGCUGCCGCUCUCUUCCCAAUGCUUCGUGAACUCGAUAUUCACUCCAACCCCCUGACCACACAGAGAAGUGGAGAUCCUCCCUUACUGACACAUUACCUCCAGGAGAGGCUGGGGAUAACAAUAAAGCGUAAAAAGACACAAGAAGUCAUGAAACCCAGACUGAAGGUGUCCACUGAUCCAAAAUGGAAGGUGGAAGAAAAAAUCCCAAAGGUGUCAAAGAAGCCACAGAUGAUGGAUGCACCCUGUCCUGCACAGACUCAGGAUGAGGAAACUGAGGAGACUGUCAAGAAAACACUAGAACCUGAGGGAAAGGAUAGCAGAAAUGACACCCUCCAAGAAAAUACAGAGCAGUUCUUUGUUACCCAGGCUGCAGACAUUUCUGAAUAUGAGUUUAAUCUUCGAGCUGAAGAAACUCCAGAGAACAAGGAGACAAAAGAGGACGAUAUCAUUCCUGAAAAAUUUGACUGUUACAAAAUGUUGACGGAUGCAAAACCAAAUCCUGAUGUCGUGGUGGCGCCCAUUGGAAUUCAAACAGCUGUUCGGAUGCUGGAACACACACUGAAGAAUCUUAAUGUUUACAGAGACUCGAAACCAAAACUUGAUAGCAUCCAGAUGCCAUACAGAGAGAAAAAGAAAAGGAUUAAGGAACUUCCACCUCUGAAACCAAUGAAGCAGCCGACUGAACGGGUUGACGAGAUGAUCAAGGAAAUCAAAGGGAGUACAACGAUAAGAGAAGUCGCCUUGAGCGGUGCCAUACACAACACAGGUGUAAACAACCAAGAAUAUAAGGAAGCUUUAUCACUCCUGAGGGAUAUGAAGACAAAGUACAAGAUGGUCCAUAAGAAGACAAUGGAACAAGUAGCCAGCGAUGACUCUGACAGAAACACUGACUUAGAUGGAGCUCAUCCAUUUGUGCAGAUGCUCUGAUUCAUAUCGUAAUGUUUAGCUGAACUGUGAUCUUCUUCCUGCCUUCAAUUACACCUUGUUGAUGCUGACAUACAGCUGGAGUGAGCUGAAUUGAAAUCACUGUGUUUCUGUCUGUUCACGUGAGUCUAUCUGAUUAAUGCUGUGACAAGCACAGAGUGAUGGUUCUGAGCAGCUGUGCGGAUGCUGCCAUGACCUGAUUCAUUUCAACAUGCAUGCAUAGUAUGCAUCAGCUGUAUUUACUAAUGGAGUUCAGCUGUAAGAGCUGACUGGGUCUUCUUUGGGGAGAGCCAGUUUGAACUGUUUAUGUACAUUUGUAUCUCAUCAGUCUGAAAAAAGCCUCAGUGUUUCUUCUGGACCAGCCUGUUCCCAUAAGCAUACUGUUGGACAUCCCAGCAUGAAAUUACUUGUGAUGCCUUCAAUUCCACUAUAGGCCAACAGGCUGUGAUAAUCAGUGAGGAAGAUGUUGGUUCCAGUUCCCAUCUCCUAAGGGGGGAGAAAAAACACAACAGAAUUGUGUAGAUUCAUAAAAUAUCACAACAAGUCCACAAUGAGACCUGUGCUAGGUAACAUAAGUGUUGCUUAUUCAGAUUUGGAUCAGUAUCCUCCUGAAAUGGAAACUAGUAUCAGCAUUAUCAUCAACUUUGGUUUAAAUGUUACUCUGCUAUUGAGAACAAAACAAAUGGGAGAAGCUGGAGCCAAGGAACAGAUUACAGCAGUAGACAACAAUAACCUGCAGUUAUUUGAAAAUAUGGCACAGUGUCUAGACUUUUAGAACCAAGUGUUCUCCAAGGACAUGUUAAACAUUUUGUUAACCGGGUUAACUUUUUUAAUAAAUAGCCUAAAACUGAGGAUGUGGUCCUAUAUAUGGUUUGCUACAAUGUAAAAUACUUAAACACCUGGAGCUGGAGAACAUUUAAACUGCAAAAUAGUAGGUGAUCAGUUUGAUAUGCCAUUGAUCCGACGUCUUAUAUUUAUAUCUAAUAUCCUGUUUUGUUGGGUCUAGUGUAUUUGCUUUCAUAGGUUUCAGAUACAAUAUUGCGAAUGUAUCCUUUAGAGAAACUAGCUGUAGUUGUUUGUAUCAGGCAGGAACAGGAGUAUUUGGCGGAGCAGUAGCUGUUUGUAAUUUUGAACAGACCUCUGCAGUUCAAUAUGAUUUACAGUCCACAUCCUUCAACGCAUAAAUAAAUGUCUUACUACACCAGGAGUUGAUAUGUCAUAUGUGACAUUCCUGCAAGCUUCUUACAAUAGUAGCUUUUUAAAAUUUCUGGUCAUGUUUUGUUUUCGUUGUUCAUUCCCUUUUUGAUUUCAUGGUCUUGUCCUUCAUAUGAUUUCAAUUAUUUUUCCUCAGAGCAGCUCGCAGAUGUGGAAUGCACUUUCAGCCCAGGUGGAAUAAAUCAAUAGGUGCUCUGAAGAUAGGUCAUGAGGAGAUUCUACAUUAUUACAUAUUCCCUGCUUCUGAAUGUAUUGUAUGGUAAAUAUAUAUAUGUAUUGCAAACAGUAAACAAAAUGGUUUCUGUGUACAGCCACUUAAUGCUUGCUACGUCGUCAUUCUGUGGCAUGUGUUUCACAUUUUCAUUUGAUUUGAUUUCAAAUAUCAUUUUAGCUGCUACAUUCACUUAUUCAAAUAUUUGGAGAUAUAUUAUCUUUCAAAAUUGUUGCCAAGUUAUUAUUAAUUUACAACCUAGAUUAUUAUAGCUCUGUACAAAACUCCUGGAAUUUCUUUUUUUCUCAUUGACAUUCAAAACCAAAUAUCAAAUUACUGAACUUUCACAAUAACCAACAAAAAUUAUACAGCUGGCUGUGCUUUUGAUGACACAAACACAACUGACAGCAGUUAUUUUGUUGUAAUGCAAUUUAAAAAUCUGAUACUAAAAUGCCCAGAAGAACAGGUUACAUAAUCUGAAAUAUUUUCAAAUAUAAAGUUACAGCAACACAUAAAGAGUGUGUUUCAGUCUGAGGGUUUUUCAUUUUUAGCAAUAUAUUUGAUGGCAAUGAGGAGACAGAAACAGUAUUUAUUUUCCAGUAAAUUGUCUUAUGUGUUAAACUUCUUCAGAAACUCUAUUACCUUUUUCUCUCUUUCUUUAUUCUUUACUGCUAAUAUUUUUACUGCUGUAUUCAGACUCGAGUGCAACUCAAGCACAGGCUCUCUGGGAAUUUGUUGUUGCUUUCAGGAACAUGCUGGAGUUUGUUCUUCAGCCAGUUGAUUCCUGGCAUGAAUUUAUUUUUGCCUGACCAGAAAGCUGUUACAAAGUAAUUUUGAAGUGAUAAUGAUUAGCACUUCAAGCAUCUACGGUUGCAUAAGUGAAGUGUUUUCAUGCUGGAAUUCUAUGAUGUAAGGAAAAAAAUGGACAUGUACUAUUGUGCAAGAGUUUUGUUAAACAUGUUUGUUUUCCACAGUUUUGGGCAAUGAUCAGUCACAGUGAGGGCUGUUAUAAUCGAUGCAGACAGUAGGCAUUCACU